CCCAUUUUGCUAGGAGAAUUGAUUCCUUUGCCCCACAAGGUGGACUGGUGCAUGGAAGAGUUCUGCUGGGCGAUGUUACUUCUCUUCUGUGCAUGGCAAAGACCCUCUGAUCUGCUCUGUGGAUAUUUGUGUUGGACUGAAGCAUUUGAUACUUACCAGCUUGGAGCUUCUGCCUCCAGCAUAAUAUCAAAUUUCUUCAUUGAACUGGAGUGUAGAGAUGCCAGGGAUGCCAUGCAGGAC